GUCUCUCUCGGCUCGAGUGGAGUGGAGUGGAGUGGAGAUCCGCCCUUCCGGAAUCGGCUAGGGCUCUUCCUUCUCCUCGUACGAUCCAUCCGUAGCUCGCCUGGAUUUGGGAUCAGCGCCAAAUUACUGUUGGUUGGUUGGUUGGUUGGUCUCUCCGUGUUCUCUGCCAUGAACAAGGUGUACCAAAAUACACGUGUCUCCGGAGAUUCCCGUGGUCAGAUCACGCCGUUUUCUGGGGAGGGAGGCAUCCUGAUGAACCGCCUAAACUGGAUCGCAUUGAAAUGAUUCAUGUUCUGCUUUGCACUGCCACCGUGUGAAAGCCCAUAAUUACAGUGAAAUUUGUGAAGUGCUAGUCAAUGGUUCAGAUAUGGCAUAAGAUCAUGGCAACAAUUACCGGCAAGAAUCCAAACAUGUCCAUUUUACAAAGAUUGUCCACAAGCGAUUUGCCACUGGUGAAAGAAUAUGGUUUGCCUGGAGUUAUUGGUGCCCUUUUAAUGGCUAUAGUUAUCCCUAUCUUGCUUUCUUCAAUGUUUAGCAAAAAGGUGAAGAAGAGAGCAGUGCAAGCUGAUGUUGGUGGUGAAGCAGGCCUUGCCAUGCGGAACAGUAGAUUUUCCUCUUUAAUUCAAGUUCCAUGGGAGGGUGCCACCACAAUGGCAGCUCUGUUUGAGAUGGCUAGCAAAAAGUAUACUCGGCAUCGGUGUCUUGGCACAAGAAAAUUGAUUAGUAGUGAAUUUAUAGAAGCUGCUGAUGGAAGGAAGUUUGAGAAACUGCAUCUUGGUGAAUAUGAAUGGAAUUCCUAUGCAGAGGCAUUUAAUCGUGCAUGUAACUUUGCUUCUGGUCUCAUCAAGAUGGGGCACCAGCUAGAUAGUCGUGCUGCUAUCUUUUCUGAUACUAGAGCCGAGUGGAUCAUUGCUGCUCAGGGUUGCUUUCGACAAAAUUUAACUGUUGUGACAAUUUAUGCAUCUCUCGGCGAGGAUGCACUGGUGCAUUCACUAAACGAGACACAGGUUUCCACUCUUAUUUGUGAUUCAAAACAACUUAAGAAGCUGCCUGCAGUCAGCUCAAAGUUGCAUAGUCUUAAGCAUGUUAUCUACAUCGAGGAUGAACCUGUUGAUGCUGACACACUUAAUCAGCUGAAGCACUUGACAGCGCUAUCUUUUAAUGCGGUUGAGGAGUUGGGCAAAACAUCACAUGCAGAUGCAAGACUACCAUCAAGCAAUGAUACUGCAGUUAUUAUGUAUACAAGUGGAAGUACUGGUCUCCCCAAGGGUGUGAUGAUUACGCAUGGCAACAUGGUGGCCACAAUUGCAGCAGUGAGGACAAUCAUUCCAAAUCUUGGCACAAGAGAUGUUUAUCUGGCAUACCUUCCGUUGGCUCAUGUUUUUGAACUAGCGGCAGAGUCUGUCAUGUUAGCUUCUGGUGUUGCUAUUGGAUAUGGCUCAGCUUUGACAAUGACUGAUGCAUCAAAUAAGAUAAAGAAGGGGACAAAAGGAGAUGUUUCUGUACUGAAACCUACUCUUAUGAUUUCAGUUCCUGCAAUUCUGGAUCGCAUAAGAGAUGCAGUAUUUAAGAAGGUUGCUGAAAAGGGUGGCAUAGCCAAAAAGCUAUUUGAUAUUGCAUAUAAAAGAAAUCUUGGAGCAAUCGAAGGGAGUUGGUCUGGAUCUUGGGCGCCAGAGAGGCUUAUAUGGAAUAGCAUUAUCUUCAAACCAAUACGUUCAAUGCUUGGAGGGCAUAUAAGGUUUAUUCUUUGUGGUGGCGCACCUCUAUCAAGUGAAACACAAAGAUUCAUUAAUAUAUGUCUGGGUGUCCCAGUUGGUCAAGGCUAUGGAUUGACCGAGACUUGUGCUGGAGCAGCUUUCUCUGAAUGGGAUGACAUAAGUGUGGGUCGUGUUGGUCCACCCCUCCCUUGUUGCUAUGUUAAGCUUAUUUCGUGGGAAGAAGGUGGUUAUAGAAUUUCUGAUUCUCCAAUGCCACGUGGAGAGGUUGUCGUUGGUGGCUACAGUAUAACAAAAGGUUAUUUCAACAAUGAAGCAAAAACAAAUGAGGUGUAUAAGGUGGACGAGAGGGGAAUACGUUGGUUUUACACUGGAGAUAUUGGCCAGUUCCAUCCUGAUGGAUGCGUUGAGAUCAUCGACAGGAAAAAAGAUAUAGUAAAACUUCAACAUGGAGAAUAUGUAUCUCUUGGCAAGGUUGAAUCAGCUCUACAGACAAGCAAUUAUGUGGACAACAUCAUGGUCUAUGCUGAUCCAUUUCAUAGUUACUGUGUUGCACUGGUAGUGCCACCACACCAGGCCUUGGAGAAGUGGGCUCAAAAUUCAGGGAUAAGCUACAAAGACAUUGAGGAGCUUUGUCACAAUGAUCAAGCAAUUAAGGAGGUCCAGCAAUCUCUAUCAAAGGCCGCGAAAGCAGCAAGGCUCGAGAAGUUCGAGAUACCAGCCAAGAUUGUUUUGCUGCCUGAACCUUGGACUCCAGAGUCUGGGCUUGUGACCGCUGCGCUUAAGCUGAAGAGGGAGCAGCUGAAGACCAAAUUCAAAGAUGACCUGAACAAGCUCUACCACUGACUUGCCAUUCAUGGAACUCUCCGAUUAACGUGUUAUAAAUAAUUUGUAUUUCUUUGCUAAUCUGGAAAGCUCUUAGUGAGACAGCUACACACAGUUCUUCAGCUUGUAGUCGGUCGUGUAUCCCUUCAUUGUACUGGGUCAGGAUAAAGGUGUUACAAAUUAUGGAACGAGGAAAUGUUGUUUCUUUGAUGCUAGCUAUAUAUUUUUUUCUGAAACAAGGCAAAAUAUUUGCCAUUUUCAUUUAUUAAGAGGAGUUUGAAUUACAAACCUUAA